UAUGGGAAUAGCCUACAUUAAAACUGUAUGAACUAAGACGAUGCGAUAGGCCUGCAGGCUAUGAAUGAUCCAUAUGUGACCUGUGCGCUUAAAUAUAUCAUAUUCAUAUAGCGUUUUUAUUAUAAAUGUAUUAUACAUUUUGGCCUAUGGUGCGCUAUGUAUGCCAUAUCCUGUCAAUAUGAAUGAAUAAAGUCGAACUUUAAAUAUUUAUGUGGCUGCUGCAUGCAGUCGUUUUUAUAUUGUUGGUAAUCUGUGAAAGAGGCAAAAAGCAGGCGGGGACCGUGGGGACACAGGCUGCUGCGGAAAUUCUAAACCAGUUGCGAAGAUUGGCAGCAUCGUCAAGUCUGUAGCCUUUCGUAUGGAAAGAACGGGUAGGAAAGACGAGCCUCUCUUCCCAAUGAUGCGAUGAUACCAGAUAGGCUACAACACCAGACUAUUCUCCUCACGACGACCUACUCAUGUUUAAUUACAUGUCAUACCCAGAUCCCCAAUUUACAAUCGGAAAGAGGAGAAGGGUUCAGUUUGGACACACGCAAUAAAGGGAUUAUUGAGAUCUCGAUUCUGGACGUGGAUUACGAUUAUUCAAAUAGUUUAGUGUUCGUUGAAUGAGCAAGCAACACGUUCAUGGGCACACAACACACCCCAUUAGUGCUUCUGUGUGUUUAGCCUGCUCAUUUGAAAGUGCGCCUGAGGUCUGUCCUCAAACUGGCACGCGUGUUGUGUUUGUGAGUGUGUUUACAAGGGUUGCCCAACCAAGGCCCGAGGCAGAUGGUAGGCGUAUGGGGCGGUUGGAGAAUCUAGAUUCACCUGUUUCUCAUCAGGACUUCAACGACAGUCGCAGUUGAAUCCAGCUGAGCGAGGGAUAAAGGGGGAGAGGGGGGCGUGCCACUGCGAAUCUGGAUCGUAACGGGCGGCAAACUGCUCCAAAGAGCUCCUGGCUUGAACACAGAGCCCUGCCAGACCACUUGGAUUGCAAAGAGAAACAAAAACACGUCGAUCCACCGACUAGAAUAACAGAAUGUCAACCCCAAGAAUAGCAUUUUUCUCCGGGAGGAUUUACUGCCUGCUUUGAUACCUACUCUUAUCUUAGAGAAAGAGGCUUUUAGAAGGGACACGUGCAGACCAUACACCCCAGACCACCUUGAAGAGCUCAGUAAGAGGAUGGUGUGACAGACGGACACACAGACGGACCGUAUAAAUCACCACCCUCAACAGCCAGACCAUGGCCACUGCAUCCCUCCUCCUCACCCUCACCUUCCUCCUCUUCUCUCUCCAUCCCUCUACGAGCCAGGUGAUUGUUAGCUCCUCCACCUCAUCCUCUUCUCUUCCAGACCCUGUCAUCAGUACACCCCUCAAACCCAGCUUUCCCUCCUCUCGUCCCAGAGGCCAGAGUGAUGUGCCAGUCAGAGUCAACAACAGAGAUUGGCCCACAGAGAGAGCAGGUGGGGGGCAGGUGGGCUCUGACCUGGGGCAGGUUGGGGAGGAAAUGGGCACUAGAACUACAGACCAAAGUCAACCCCUUUCCCCCUCUCAGAAACUCAACAGUGGAUCAACCCAAAGCCAGUCUACUUCUGUUGAGGCUUGGACAGGUACUAUGGUAACCGCAGAGCCAAGUGGAGUUUCAUCUGCAAAGGGACCAACGGCUCUCCCACCCACCAAAUCCUCAGGUGAUGAACGAUUAACAUCAAGGGGUAGGACUUCUGAUGGACCAAUCAUACCGGAGGAUUUGGAUGACUGGCCGGCAACUGGAUCAGGAAGUGAACUUGUCCCUACAGUGAUUGUGAAGGGGGAGUCACUGGUUGCGUUGACUACACUAGAUGAGAUGCCACAGUUCCGGUCACAGGCUCAGACAGAGUUCAGCAGAGGUCUGGUGUCCAAGAUGGCCGAAGCUCAGACUACCCCGAUGGUCAGCCUCACUGUUCAACCCCGCCUCUCUGGGCUGACAAUAGCCAAUAGGAUCCUCUCCACACAGUCACCUGACAGAGUGACAGCCGUACCCGUGGUGACACAGUCAACCUUCAUUGGAGGAGUAGUUACAGGUAAUAUAUCAGAUAAUGCCACUACGCCAACAGACAGACCAAUAGCAGGACAGACCCCCACUGUGACAUCACCGUUACCCAGACCCAUCACCCCUGCAUCCACCAAUCAACAGCCAAAUUCUGUGACGCCUCAAGGAACCACAACACUAGGAGUGACCAGCACAACUACAACCAAUAAGACGGCAACAAAAGCAGAACCCAGAAGUACUUCCUCAAGUACAACCAAUCACCCGAAAAAGGCAACUGAACCAGAAAGAACUACAACAAGUACCACCAAACAGUCAACCAAGACAGGGACGACCCCCCUCCUCAUCACUCCUACUCUACAGAUUGUCAGAGGGCGGUACGUCCCCAAAAAUGACAGCCGCCUAGCACAGAGGAACCACUCCAUCCCCGUGGGCCGCCCUCGCCUCCCCCCAUCCUCCACUCCCCCCCCCUCUCCCAGCUCCUUCCCCUCCCCCAACGGCACCUCUCUGCUGUGGGAUGACCUGAGCAGGACGCUGUCCUUCGCCUGGGAGCUCCAUGUCUACGGCUCUGCUGGCCUCUUCCUGCUCCUCCUGGCUGGAGCCGCCCUGGGCCUGGCCCUAUCCCCCAGCAUGCACUGCCCUCACCGCGGUGCCCUGACCCUGGCUAAUGCCCUCCUACUCCUGGUGGGCGCAGCAAGAGCAACUCUGUUCAUGAUUGACCCCUACGGAACAAGGAAGAUUCUUCCCCGGCCUGCGGUGACUGCUCUCUAUAACCUCCCUCUGCCGUUACUGGUGUGGACGCAGGCUGCCCUGGCACUGCUGGCCAUGAAGGGGACAGGAGUGAGUCUGUUGCCCUCUGCUCUGGAGCGCCCUCCUCUGGUAGCUGUAUUGGCUGUGUUACAGUGCACCCUGCUUCUGGCUGCUGACCUGCUCUCCCCAGCCCUGUCCCCAGCCGUGCCUGUCACCCUGCAGUCCCUGUCUCUCUGCUGGGGCCUGGCUCUCUGUCUGGGCUACCUGUGCUACAUCUUCCCCCGCCUCCGCCAUCCCACUGCCCAGCCACCUGUCCUAGAGGAGGGGAGGGCCGUUAACGCCUGGCCGGGGCGUAGGAGGGCAGGGUUGGUGCUGGGUCGUGUGCUGGCAGUGUGUGCCCUCCUGGGGGUGCUGUGCUGUGGCCUCCAUGUCCACUCCACCCUGUGGCUAUACGGGAUGUUGGGGGACUGGAGGCGCUUCUGCUGGGGCUGGUGGCUGGUGCACUUCUGGGCCCGACUGUUGGAGCUGGCCUGGGCCUUUUCUCUCCUCCUAUUGGGAUCCUGGGUGUUCUGGAGGCCCCGGGGGGCCCGAGACAGAGGAGAUGGAGGAGCAGGGGAGGGCAGGGCGGGAGUAGAUCUCCCCACCCCUGGACAGUCCUCUGGGUCGACACACAAACACACCUGCUGGGCCAAGAUAGUCCAGAGCCUGACAGGAAAGCCCUGUGGGAAGUCAGAAAGUAAUGGAGUGGGAGGAUCAGUAGGAGGAGGGGCAGGGGAGCUGCCUAAUAACUGGGCAGGGCAGGAACGCUCGGGGGCAGACAUCAGUAAAAGCCUGAUCAGAAACCGUGAGGCUCCACCCUCACAGCAGCGCUGUGUCAAGGACAGCAACCGAGGCCGCAACCAGAGGGGCAGGUCUGCAGAAAGGGGUAUGUCUGACGGGUCCACAGGGUCACUGCUGCGGCUGCAGCCGUUAGGCCGGCCACUACAGCACUCUCAGAGCGGCAGCCUGGAGCAGGAGAAAGAGUCAGGGGUGUCUCUGUAUGAUUUUGACCUGCGACCCCCCUCCCCCAUUGAUCUGGGCCGCAGCAUCGAUGAGGCCCUGCACCGUGAGCACCUCCUCCAUGGGGGCAGCUUGUUCCAGCCCCUGUGUGCCCCCUCACCCACUCCUUCACCAGGAUCAGCUGUCAGCCAGGGGGGGCCCUGGCUCCGCAGGAACAGCGACCCCCAGAUCUCUGACAGCAGCGAGGACCGCUCAGCCCGUACAGAGUUCUCUGUGCCACUGGGGGGUAGUGUGCUCAGCAGUGUUCCCAGCAGGCAGGUCACUGCUCCUCCCACGCCCUCUAACCAGGGGCAUCGCUGGGCCGGGGAUGGGGGGGUCAGUGUCCCUUCCUCAGUGUCCUGUCCCGUUUCCCUGCGCCCCUCUAGAACCUCCACGGGACAUCUCGGGAACGAGGGAGGAGACGACACGAGGCCGUUCCUCACCCCAGACUCUGAGACACAGAGUGGGAGGGCAGGCAGGGAGGAUGGGAAGAGCUACCUGGAGGUCAGCAGGCAGGAUGACUCUGCCAGCGUCAGCAGUGAGAUUAUUAACCUCUGAACCCUCAACUCCAACCCAGGACAUCUGGACCAAUGACCAAGCCCCAAACAAAACCAUCAAGAACCAAACUUACGUAAUACCUUAACUCUUAGGUGAUAACUUUAACUAUAUCUUGUCAACUAGAUAGACUUUAUCAUAAACAUUGACUCAACUACAUUCAAACUGCCAUGUGAAUCAUGGACAGAGGACUUAUUUUAAGAAACUGAGGGAAAAUACAGAAAAGCUUCCCCUGACUAAAAUAGUUGUCUUAUAUGGGACAUUAUCCAGUGUUUGCUCUAAAUCAGAGUGAUUCAAAGGCUGCUAACCGGAAUCAGAUUCUGCGGCAUAGAGCACGGGUUCAAACAACAGAACACACACACACUCAUGCCUACAGAUACACACCUGUGUACCUUUGAUGAACUCGCUACAUUUCAAGCCUCACAUACUGCAGCGCAUACAUUCACUCUUUGUAACACUUCUGUUUAAGGUGGUCUUGAGAGAACAGAGGAAUGGGCACAGGAUUCAUAUUGAUGACAACCCAGGGAUUCCUUAAAAUAUCAAUUGGUCAUCCCUUCAAUUCCCUCUGAGGAUCCAUUUCUUAGAUACCAUGUUUUAUGGAUGUAUGUAAAAUAUGAACGUGGUAGCUCCUACUUUUAUGAAAGCCAUGGUGCUCCCUGUGAAAAUGUCUUUAUAUGAAUUUAUUGACUUUGUUUGCGUUGAUAGUAUUAAUCUGCUGUCCUUGAUAUGUCAACUUGAUGCAUACAUACGUUAAUGUGUUUUUAGGAUAUGUGCCAUAAACAUUGAUAAUGUCGGUGGUUGUUUUGAUGUUAUGCUUCAAAAUACAUUAAUAACGCAUUACCUGACUGACAAUGGUGUCUUUCCGUAGUUCCUCUAGCAGGAAAGUAGCGUAGAAAUCCACACUCCAAAAACAUAGGAUUGCUAGUUAUCGGCUCAUAAUUGAGUUGCUGUUUCAGUGCAGUCUGCCUUGUAUGUAAAUGUGAUGUUUAUUACAUAAGGAAAGCAACCGCCUAGAGAUACUACUGCAGAAAGAAAGUUGACCUGUGUAGCUGUGGCUGAUGCCUGGAGCUCUAGCUAAAAUAGUUCCUGCUAAAACUAGACAUUCUAAGACAUUUUUUGUACAUUUCGCCUGCUGAUUCUGGUACAUUCUAUCAUCACGGCCCGUCAAAGGAUAUGACUGCAUUUUAACAUUCAAUAAUCCUGGCAACAGUGUAAACAUAUCCACAACAUUUGAUCAGUUGCAGCAUAUCAGUGUAUACCGUGGACUUGAGUUAUUUUUAGCUGUACUCAUUGCAUCACACAGUUAAGCUGUGUUGCAUUACACAACGCUGACCUACUGUGAAGCACAACGCUCCUGUACUAUAGUAGUACUUUACAGAUGUCUAUAAGCCUAGACCUGAGCACUCUAGACUGAAUUAUUUUUAUUACAGAAAAAAAUCAUAAUUAUAUUAUGUGACAUAAGAAGGUAUGUAAAUGCGGUUCUUUUUUUCUGUUUGUAAAUAAAGGUAUUAACUGUGAGGACAAUCGAAAGUGAUCUUGCUGAAGUAUAGAACAGUCUACUAAGAGAGUGAUAAAUGGCGCUGGCUUGGGGAGGAAUAUUGGAAACAGUGACUGUCCAGCCCUAAUUUAGGAUUGUUCAGGGAUAGAAGUGUUGAAAAAGGUUUCACAACUGUACCUGGAACUGCUACAAUGGUUAGUGUUUAAUGUUUAGUGGUUAAAGAGCAGUGGCAAUGGCACGUCCUCAUUUGGAGCUGCAUCAUUUCAAAACUGUUCAAAACUGUUCAGUGAUCUUGAACGGAGCUCAGAAGUCAAUCCCAUAUUUCCACUUGAGACCCGGGUUGAGUAAAAUAGGCACAAAAUGAGAGAACAUGUUUUGAAACGGUGUGAAAUGGGGAGGUACUACCGGAAGCCGUCCAAUAAGAAACUCAUGCAUUUUUUUCUGUUUCAAAAUCCUUCCAAACGUGUCCUACUGAACACAACCCGGGUCCUUGUGUGACAGGAUCUUGUGUUUCCUGUUUCCUGCCUUCCUCAGGGUCAGUGCAGUCUCUCCCUGUGAUGUGAAAUGGUUGACUUGUGUGGUAUUUACAGUACAGUACAGUGGGAUUCUGUUGUUGUCUACAUUUCAUUGACCCCGUCUGAUUUCAGUGUACUUUGCUGUUUCUCUUGAGGUACUGUAGAAAUCAUCCUUAUAACCACAGGUCCAGGAUCAUAUUACCCUACCUCCAAUUCUAUCCUUAACCAUUAGGGUGGGUGAAGAAUAUUUGACCCUGUAUCAGUGAUCUGGGGCAACUUCUGCCUACUUUAUUUCAUUAUGGGUUUGAGGAGAACCUUCAUCAGUGACUGACAGUUGUGGGGAUGUUUGUGGUGUUUCCUCCACCAAUGCGGUAUGUGCCAUACUACAGUAAACCAAUCCGUUCUCCUCUCCAUACAGUAGUGACAGUGCAGAGGUACAGUAGUAGAGAUAUUAAAACAUUAAUUUGCUCAUUGACUCGGUUUAUAUAUGAAGUUGUAUUAUUUUUGUGCUGCUGCCUCUUAUCUGGUUUCAAAUAAACAUGAGAAAUAAAAUAAACAUUGAAA